UCUGCCAACGUUCAUUCAUUCGUCAACGGCUGCCACUAACGGGUGUCUUCGAAUUGUGUGAAAUAACUAGGGCCCCCCGAUAAGGGCACGCUGGAGAUUUUGGACCUCACCUUUUGUGGGUUUCGGACAACCUGCAGUGAAAAGCACUCUGGGGUACGCGCGCGAGAUUGAGAUUAAUUUCCCCGACAAUUUGUCCCGCGCGUGACGACGUCCUGGCGCCGGAAGUGAAAACUCGCCAUCGCCGGAUGACGAGAAGGGAUUUGGCUACAAGCGCGAAAAAAAUGAUUAAUGUCCCUCGCUGCUGGGAGCUUAUUAAGUGAUAUUUGACUUUGGACGACGACUACGACGAAAGUGAUUAGCGGAAGAUUUUUGCUGGUGUGAAAAUGGCAUUUCCGGGGUCCGAUUCAAGGUGGAAGAACAGCUGCCACCGAUAGCCGUUUUUUGGAUCUGACAAAUUGGUGCUAGUUUCAGUGUAUGUUCCAUCCAGUGUUACCAGUCUCAAUUGAAACCUUAAUCUACAUUGUCCCGUUUUGUGUGAACGCAUCCAUUCAGGAUACAACGAAUAAACAUCAUCAAUCAUCUACUCAGUCCCGACGACAACAAACUCACUCAGUGGUGGGACGACGCUCAUCGUCCUCGGAAAGAUUGCACCAAAAGCAGCAGCAGCAGCAAGCUCAUCAACAUCGGUCACAACCCUCGACGCCAACGGCCACGAACGGCAACGUUAUUCCGACUUCGGUUGGGUCCAUCGAAACCGGAACUUGCCUUCCGGUCCUGUUGGGCACCGGCAGCCAUCCUUACAUUGUCCAACCAUUUGCCGCCGAACAUCACAUAGCAGCCCCACAGAUUCCUACUGCGGCUAAUCAUCCGUUCGUGGCAGCACUUCCGCCACUGCCCCCAGGAAAAUCACCCCGGGAGGCCUUUUUCCCCCUGAUCGGAAGUGGAACCAAUCCACCAGUCACCGGUGGAGGAAGAGGUCACAUUCCCACGACCGGAAUUGGCGUAGGUUCCACGGGUGCCGGUCAACCGCCGCCGGUCUCCUUUUCGCUCUACAAGACAAUCAAUACCGUUAUCAAGAGUAGCCGGAAAAUAAUCGUUCGCGUUUGUGAAGUGACCAAUGUGAAAACUAAACUUAAAAUGUUCAAUCUAUACUCGACGAUGAAUAAGCGCAAUGGCGCCGAAGAGAAGGAGGCCCGGGUUAUGGAGACGACCGGACAUGACCGGUUCUGCCAGGAGCGUCCCUCAAGGGAAUGGAGUUGCAUGGAAUUUGAUGAUUUCCACCCAAUCCAUUGCAUGCGACGGUCCAGUUACCGGCGGAAGAAAAAGAAAAUGCGCCGGGCCCAGUCGGCGGCCGAGUUUAACGAGCCUAGGACGGAAGUGACCGUUUCGGCGGCCAGCAAACGGAUGUUGUUCAGAGGCCGUUCGGUGAGUUCGGACCACGACAACAACUCCGAAUCGGAACACUCGGAACGUUCCCCGUUGGUCAGCGCCAAGUUGGACUCGCUGGCUAAGCUCCUGUUCAGCCGGAAUCUCCUCCAGGAUGGAAACGGCUCCAGCUCCAAAGACAAUGAAUCGCCGACAAGGCACAAUGUGCGGUACCAGUACACGGCCCUGGACAGUGGCAUCGGGGCCCCGGAUCGGAGUCCCCGGGAGAGGGUGGCCCGGGAUCGAGCCUUCGCUGCCUGUCAGGAUUGGUUGCAGAAUUCCGGGGGCCGGUACGAGUCGAUAGCGCACCUAGAUGACAUCGGAUCCCGGACGAACAAGCACUGGUUUCUGCUGAAUGAUUGCACGAUACGUACGGACCGCCUGAUGACACUGCUUCCAUUACCUCCCGACUGUAUUGCCUUAGAAGAGCUGCCGCCAUCCGAAUGCCCGCAAGGAAUCCUGAUGGAGCUGCUCGGGUCGCUGCAGCAUCCCUACAUCUACCCGGUGCUGGAUAUGGGCUUUUUCUCCACCGAUUCCACCCACUACGCGUGUCUGGUAAUGCCAUUCAAUCCCCGCGGAAGCCUGAAGGAUCUCAUUUAUAAGUCCCAAUGGAACGAACCGUGGAGCCGUAAAUACUCCCGGAAAUCCACCUGCUUGCCCCUGUCACAGGUACAACGAUUAGGUCGUCAAAUUUUAGAAGCGUUGUUAUUUCUACGGGAACGCGGAAUUCCCUCGCACGGCCAUUUGCAUAGCGGAAAUGUUAUACUGCAGAAUGGUGUGGCCCGAUUAUCUGGGCUGGAAAACGGUCUCCUGGGGCUGAGCUCCCGCGUCAAUGCGGUGGUGUGGGCCCGAUCAGCCCCGGACCUGGACAACAUCGAUGUCAUCUGCUUCGGCCACUUGCUGUUCGAAAUGUGCGCCGGCUACGAGCUGACAUCACCCCAGCCGACGCCCGGACACUAUCAGCUCGAUCUCGAACGCUAUCCACAGGUUGUCGACGUGCUGCAGAUGAUUUUUGAGUCACCAGAUGGCCGCUAUCCGACCGUCGAAGAACUGGUCCUUUGUGAUAUAUUCCGCAAUAUCGAUUUAAGAGAACUGCGAGGAACAUAUGUGCCUUCCUUCAAACAUGGUUUGAGUAGCUCUACGCUGAGUCUGUUGAACGCCGUACGAAGACGACAAGGUGCGAUACUAAGUGGAUCAUACAGCGAGGGCAGCUCACCGUGUACACCACCGUCGACGCCACGUGAGCGGAAAACCGGUGACGUAGAAUCCUCCGAUCUGUCUAGUAGUGAUUCCGAAGAUCUGUUAGAUGAAAUAGUUAUAGCGUCAGCUCGUAUCGACGAUCCCGCCCAUUACGAUCCACUGAGCUCGCCGAUACAUUACUGUGACAAUAACGUUCACUCGGACGAUAACAGCAAUAGUAAUACAAUCAUUCGCAUAGAUUCGAUCGAGUCGCAGGGUUCGACGUCCUCGUCCACUGGAUCGAUACAGCUGCAACAGUUGAAUCCGUCGUCAGCGUACAAGAAUCUGAAAUCGCGCCGCAUGGAGUACAGCCGCCGAGGCAUGAUUCUUGGGCUGAGCAAUCCCUCGCAGGAUUCCGCCUUUGGUUCAAUGACCGACGGCGAAUCGUCCCGGGCAUCCAGCUUUAAGUUGAGCAGCUUUGCCUCGAUGAACUCGCCGAUCGACGAGGGCGUUGAAGAUCUGUUAGUGGAAGGUAACGGCACCGAAACGAUAGCAACCACCAUGGCCGGAUUGAAGUAUAUCGACUCGGCUGGAUCGUCACCCUGUCAUGAUCAUCAUAGUAGUAUAUCACCCCGCGAUCAUCACCCGGGAUCGUCAUCGUCACGGGACAUUUCACCGAAUCACUCGAGCCGCUAUCUGGAGCCACCGAAACUAGUGAUAAACAAUCAUUCUUGUGCGACCACCAACACCUCGCUGCAUUAUAGCACAUCGCCGAUCCGCAAAUGUGCCACAAUGGAAGUGUUCUCGCAGAAAUACAGGGUAUCUUCCUUCGAGGACAUGUCCUACUCGUCCCGAUUGGCAAACAAAUCGAUCAAAAAUAGUAGUAGAAAAAUUUUCCGUUCCUUUGAAGAAGAGCGCCGAAUAGAUUCCGCCUUUAUGCCAAUUGAAACCCGAUCAUCUAGCAUAAGUAGCCGACUUGGCCAACAGCAGCAGCCGCAACAGCUACAUCAACAAUCGCUGCAUCCAACGAAAUUGCGACCACAAUCGUCUAAUCAACUACAUCAUCAAACGUCUCUGCCUCCGAUGCAGACGCCUACAUCACCGAAACAACUCGUUACCCCUGCACAGUACAAUCAACUGACCAAAAAAAAGAAGAACGCUUCAUUCCAAAAUCUGCAAAGCAUUGCUACACCACGCGAUCGAACCUACCAGUGGCGAAACAAACUAAUCAAAUCUAACGAAAGCCUUUUCGAAACUUCUUUCAACAUGUCACCAUCGACGACAACCCAGAGCGAAAUCGACCGAUUGUUGAGCCACGGAAGCUCUACGCACGAGCUGCCAACGACGUCGAAGGCAGCUACACGAGCAGAAACCGAACGCUUCAUGCUUACACCGGAACCGGUAGUCAUAAAUCCGCGGCGCACCCGAACCGAUCGGCAGCAGUUGUUCAGCUUGGCCAAGUUCAAACACAGUACCAUUCUGGACAGUAUCUCCCUGGAGGAUUUCUCCGAGGAAGAUCGACGGGAUAGUUUGCACACUGCCACCACCACCAGCAGUAUUUCGAACAGCUCGACGACUUCGACGGCUGAUCGAACCGAAAUAGAGGCCCACAAGCUGGAGAAUUCUUCGACGGAUGACGUCAGCGAUCAGGACAGCAGUAGCGUUACCGAUUCGUUGCUCAAAUCUCCACUUCAACAGCGGCGCCAGAGUAGCAGUUGUAGCAGUGCCGCAUCGGAGGCCCGGCGCUAUCUCGAUGACAACGUCGGAUGCAGUGAUGCCAGCUUUGGCAGCGGCAACGAAGAGAAAACGCCCCUCCUGGAAGGUAUGGAACUAUCCCCCAUCUCUCCUACUGAGUCCGAACAAAUGUUGUGAUAAUAUAGUGGUAAAAGUGUGAACUAUUUUUCUAUCAAUUUUAAUUCUGUUCAACAUGAGGUACUAGUAUAGGACGUUGACGACGAUAGAGAAAAUUCCUUUUUUAAACAUAUUUAUACAUACGGAACGGAAAACGGAAAGUAUUUCAUUAUUCGAGAGCAUGGAUCGAACCUAGGUAGCAGUUGCAGGAAAUCACGAAUCAUAAUACAGGUGUAAUAGCGAGAUAUGUAGGUAAAUUUUGAACAGUAAAUGUUAUUCAACACAUUUAGGUUUUGGUUCCUUCAGAUAGAAUAUCAAAAUAUAUGCUGCUAGAAUACUAGUGAACAACACACCAUGAUUUCUACGGCCGAUAAAUCGCUUUUCCCAGCAGCUUUCUCAAACAAUAUUUGAAGGUUACUCGCCUUUUCAUUGAAAUCGGAUUACCGAACUUGGUCUGCACCUGGUAGUAUAGCUUCCGAGCACGGAUUUUGGCCACACUAUUCUGUUUUAUGGUCCGAUUUGGCUGUUUGCUAGCUCGAUACGACUUGAUCCCUCCUCGGAGUCGAAUUUUCCUCACGGUACUAUGGGCAGCGCCGAAUUUUCUGGCCAGUCAUGGUCUGACAGAUUGGAAUUCCUCUUAAUCGUCUUCAAAAUCUUACCACGCAGUUUCCGGUCGACACUCCGGUGGAUUGACUUGAGGAGACUUCCAAAUCGUUGUCAAUAUUUCCUUAUACCGCUUAAAAACGCAUCAUACGGUAUUGCUGGGCAAUUUCAGCUGCUAAGCAAGCUUAGAUUCAGACCACAAUGGAUUUUUCAAAUAACUGUGUACAAUUUUUUCCCUUCUUUUGGCUUCAAUUUUGGAAUGUUAACAACGUACAGUCGAUUUGCGGAAUGUCAAAAAUAUAUACGUGAAGCUGACAAAAUUCCCGGUACGUGCACGCCAAGAGCUUCUAAAUCCGUCCACCAGGAGCGCCACAAUAUGAGCGAAAGUUUGUUCCAAUUCUAAAUGAUGCAAGCUUUACUAUUCGUUACUGUAGGUAGGAAAGACGUAAAUUUUUUGGUAAAAGGCAACAACCAUCAUAUUCUUCAUUCUGUCUAACCAGAAUCCGGCAGUCCUGGAACUUCUAAUAUGACGCGACGUACGCAAGUCGCAUAUCUCGUAGAGAAUCGUCUAUAUUACUUCGACUUUGAUUUCAAUACAUUUAUGUAUUGGUUUUAAUUGGAAGCAUUUGACUCGACAUAUUAAGAGUAAAUACUAACAACACGAAAAAAUAACCUUUUGAAAAUUUUGUUUGAGAAACCUGCAUUGCAAAAUAAGUAUUAUCAGAUGAUCAACUAAAUAUUUGUCGCUAUCAUAAUCAGCCGGUUUACUUUAUCUGGAAUAUUAAAAAAAAAAACCAUUCCAUAACCCUUUCUUUGCCAGGCAUUUUCUAUCGAAAGAUCAACUCAAACCCAUGGUAUGGUAGCUUACACAAACACAAACAAAAAGUCAAUCAACUUGAACAAAAUUUGAACAAUAAUAGUAAUACCUUGACACUCGAUGCAUGUAAAUACAUUUCUGAUCAAACGUUUCUUGGAGCUAACCGCCCCGAGAAUGCCGUAAGAGCAGCGAAUAAGGCAGAAAAUACUUCUGGAAAAAUAUUUUCCCAUCCGAAAACAAAUUUCAAAUGAAAUACUAAACGAAACCUGUUAGACAGAAAGGACACGAUUAUAACUCGCAGUUUGUUAUUUUAUAAAAGUCUACUCAUUACAGUAAUUAGGGUAUAGGAAGCAAAAAAUCCCAUAACUUUAAGAGUACAUCAAAUGUUUAACCUAGUCCGUAGAAGAAGAAAAAUGCCAAAAUUAUUUCCGAUUGAUCUGUGUUGGUAUCAAAUCUGCUUAAAUCAGAUUAUUAUGAGUGUUAAUUCAUUCGAAAUUUAUUCCAAUUCAAAUGAAAAACUUACAUGAACGUUAAACGAAAUGCAAGACAUUUUAAAUUAAAAUAAAAAAAAGACGCUAAUUUUCUCGAUAUUGAGGCUCACUUUUGUGCUAAGCUUUUCGAGCAGAUCCAAACUCAACUGACUUAUUACGUUCUAUCUAUAAAUGCGAAAAUAAAUUUUAAGAUGAUACAAACCUUGAGCCGUCCUGAUGCGAUCAAUUAACAACCAUGAAAACAAGCCCUAAGCUUUACAACUCGUAAGGUCCUCUCUUCACCGUGGAUUUUCCCACUUUCAACAUUGUGUUAGAAUAAGUGACAUAUAGAAUUACAAAUGACCAUUCAUGAGAAACUAACCGAUGUGCACAUGAGUUGAUUAAGAAAUUAUUUGCAAACUGCUUUUCAAAACUAGCGUAAGGUAAGUUGUAAGUGCUGAGUCAUCAUUUUUUCGGAAAUAAUUUGUAAAAAAAAUAAAAUAUGAAAAGGUAGAUAAGACGGAAAAACGAUACCACAAGUUUUAAAGAUUUUAUCAUGAUAACGAAUCAACUUGAAUCUAAGAAAAACUAAAUAGAAAAAAAAAUAAUUCGUAAAAUACCCCCGACAAACCAAGCAGCGAAUUCUUCAGAGAAUAUUUAAUUUUUGGGUCCAAUUCACAGCAGCAAAAAGUUUACCCGAUACAGAAAGUGUUGAAACAGAUUAAGAACUUCAUUAGCAAUACAAUAAAUCAGAAUACUUUCCUGUUGAAACUGUGAGUCAAACCAUUCCUACGAUAGAACUUCGGAAGUGCGAUGAUCCGUAAUACAAAAAAAGAUAAAAUGUCAUCUAUAGAUUUCAACCGGAACCAGAAAAUAAACUCCAUACAUAUUCCGAGCUUAAUAUCGAAGAAAAUAGAAGAAAAAAUGCCAGGCCAUCACCCUACCACUAGACACAAAAACAACUACUGCUAAAUUUCAACUAUCAAAACGAUAUAAAAAGAUGCCAAAUUUCACAUACCAAUAAUAGUCCUUAAACGAACAAGUAUACUCAUGAUAACUACAGUUCACAAUAAUUCUUGUCACCUAUCACUGCGAAACUGUACACGACUAACAUCAAACCGGACAUCGGACACAUAAAUAAGAAACACAAAACAGACUUUGAACAAAAUCCAGGCAGCCCCCACAUACUAACUUUCCUCAUGUGAACACGAUAGAGUAUCAUAUCAGCAAACCCAGAAAAUAAAAACCAGAAGAAUAGCAAUAAACAGAGAUCUUUAAAACCUUA